GUUGCCGGGAGCGCGGGUCCGCUCCCGCAGCGGCGCUGGCCCGGCUCGGCCCGGCUCGGCUUGGUUCGGUUCGGCUCGGCUGAGAGCCCCGGGCUGGGGCGGCUUUGCUGCGGGACGCCCCCAGGCGCGGGGUUGGGAAGCAUGGCUGCUAAGAAACUAAGAAGAGCACAGCUGUCUCAGGAAAUGUGUGAAAGGCUGAGUCGCUAUCAGAUCACCACCUGUCAGGACUUUUUAUGUCUUUCCCUCUUGGAGCUAAUGAAAGUGACAGGACAGAGCUACCAUGAGGUGCAGAAGCUUCUCUGUAAAGUCAGCCGAGCUUGUGCUCCCAAAAUGCAGACAGCUUAUGAAAUGAAACUAAGAAAGUCUGUCAAUCCUUCUUCAGCCUUUUUAUCGACCACACUUCAUAGUUUGGAUAGAGUCCUGCAUGGUGGAGUGCCUUGUGGAUCCCUCACAGAGAUAACUAGCCCACCAGGUUGUGGCAAAACACAAUUUUGUAUUAUGUUAAGUGUUCUGGCUACACUUCCUGUGAGCAUGGGAGGACUAGAUGGGGCUGUUAUAUACAUCGACACAGAGUCUGCAUUCAGUGCUGAAAGGUUGAUUGAGAUAGCAGCAAACAGAUUCCCUUCUUAUUAUGACUCAGAUGAAAAGCUGCUCUGCAUGACCCGUAGCAUCCACCUGUACCGAGAGCUGACCUGCUGCAGUGUGCUGAAGAGGAUUAUGUCUUUGGAAGAAGAAAUUAUUUUGAAGAAGGUUAAACUUGUAAUAAUUGACUCUGUUGCUUCAGUUGUCAGAAAGGAGUUUGAUACAAAACUCCAGGGCAAUCUGGCAGAGAGAAGUAACUUUUUGAAUAGAGGAGCAUCAGUGUUGAAGUAUUUGGCAGAGGAGUUCUCAAUACCAGUUAUCUUGACGAAUCAGAUUACCACAGCGCUGAGCAGUGGCUCUGGGCUCCAGGCAGACCUGGUGUCUCCAGCUGAUGAUUUGUCCCUGUCUGAAGGAUCUUCUGUGAGUGGGAAGAGGGAUUCUGGUUAUGUGACAGCAGCCCUUGGCAACACGUGGAGUCACAGCAUCAACACCAGGCUCAUACUGCAGUACCAUGACUUGCCAACAAGACAGCUCCUGGUUGCUAAAUCCCCUGUUGCUCCAUUCUCCACUUUUUUCUACACCAUUGAGAAAUCAGGCUUGAUUCUUCAGGGUUUAUUGACUUUCUUCAAGCUUUGGUACAGCACAUUAGGAAUCAGCCCAGAUCGAAAGGAUCAAACUAAUUUAGUUUGGGAAGGAACCAAUCCUGCCCUGCAGCCCAUACGAGUGAGGAACACUGCCUUGAAAGAUACUUUACAUGAUGCUGCUUUACCCAGCACUACUGGUGAGACUUCAAGAAAUACAUCAAAUCUAUAGAAAGGACAAAUGAAACCUCGCCAAAGACUUGAAGGAAUGAUGACAUUGGUUUUCAAAAAUCUGGUGAAGCAGAGAUUGAACAUUCUUCUUCUUUCAUCUCUUCAAAGACUGACUUUAAAAGCAAGUGCUGUUCUUUCUAUAUGUGGGGCCAUACUUAACUCCGAACUUAUGAAAAACCUGUCUUUUGUUUAGGUUAAUUAAAGUGACCUAAUAAUAAAAGCCUCUGAACAACAUACAUGGUACUGAAGAAGUGUAGGCCACAUGUGCCUUCCUAAUUCACCUCGCCAUCUCAUCAGUUUGGAGGAACCAAUGGCCAAGCACAGGAGUGUCCACAGCCCAAAACACUGUGAAAUGUUCACUUCCUUUUUUUAAGAGAAUGAUAAGCCCACUCAGUGGCUUGAUUACAAAGCAAUAGUACAGUAAGUACUUAUUCCUGUAACUCACUUGGAAAUGAUGUAAGAGUUACAAAUAGCUGGGCUCAGACUGUUCAGAAUGUUAGGAGAACAGGUAGCAAUCUAAACAGUGGGAAGAUCAAUCUGUAUUACAGCUGCUCAGCUUUCUCUGUCUUCAAAGCACGUUUGAAGUAUUCACAACAUGACUGCAAACCACAGAACUGUUUACUCACCUUACAGACUUAGAGAAUGUGUGACUUGCUCAAGGCCACUAAAAGCAUCACUGGCUGUGCUGUGAUCAGGAUGUGUUCCUGGCUCCCAAGCCUACAGGAAAGCCAUGGGUUCAGUUAGUGCCAGCUGCUGCUGAAGGCACCAUUGGCCUGAGAGGCUGCUUCUGUCCUCUGCCAUCACAGCUAAAGCCUCCCUGAGCACCCUCUUGAGAAUUAUACAGAAAUAUGAGAGGUCUGAAGUAGUGCUGAAGUAGCUGAAGUAAGCCAGCAAGGAAACGAGCUGCAGUGAGGCCACCUGGGGCAGCCAGGCAGGCAGGUUGCCAUCUGCUGUUUGCUGGCAGUCUGGGGGUGACCAGAGAGUUCCUGGGAGAACGUGGCCCCUACUAAAAAGUACUGCACCCUGUUAAGGCUGGCAGUGGCAGACAUGUGGAAGCUGAUGUUGCAUCACUCCCAGCCACCAGACAGGAUGGAAUGGAGAGGCCAUCUCUGCAGCUUUCUGCUUGCACGCUUGCUCACACAGCUUUGGGCUUUCCUGUAACAAGGCAGUUUCCAUCACAACAAGGAAGCUACUGCAUUUCAAUAAGCUGCUUCUAAAAGUAAUACAUUUCACCCUGGGGAAGAGCAAUUUCGCAGCUUCAGUGUUACCAGUUUUAUGCUUUGAGGAGACCUUUGUAACAUGCAAUUUUAAUUUUAUUUUAGCUAAGAUUUAGAUUUUCUGCUUGACAGUGCUGCACCACUAGCCACUCAAACCCUGCUGAACUUGCUUGUAGCCAUUUUAUCUGAGUAUCUUGUAAAUAUUUGGUAGAGCACUCAGACAGAGAAGUGUUUUUUGCUCUUACAGUCACAUGCCUGGUUCCAGGACCUUUAAGAAGUACAAUAGACUGAAGGCAGGGAAAAUUCCACUGAGAUGCAUUCAAGUCUCCAGGGAGCAACUGCACUUUGUUUAGACUAAAAUUUUUCAUUGCUGUCUCUCCCUAUUUAAAAAAAAAAAACAUGGAAGGAUUGAGAGGGGAAGCUGGAGAGUUUCAUUAUUAUAAACAUCAGAAUGCAAGGAGUUUUCACUCAUUUUGGUCAUAUUGCAGAGCUGUAUGCAGUUGGAGAGGGAGAUAAGCUUUCCAAUGCUCUCUGCACUAGCUGGGAAAUUUCCAUCAAGUUUUAAAAUGUUUUACAAACAUUAGUGAAUUAAAGCUUAAUCCCCUUCUUCUCAUCCCCAUGAAACAAGUACAGUUUAAAGAGAGGGCUAAUGAGACUAAAAUAGUUGUGCUUUGCUGAGGUCACAGGGGUGGCGUGGUAACAGAACUUGGGUCUUUGAGUCCCAGCUUUCUGUCUUACACCAAAAACAACACACCAUAAACAAGAUACAUUCCCUCCCUUUCCAAGACUUGCUCUACUUCCCUUCCUAGGAUAUAGUGAAAACAUGCUGGCAUCACAACUUGAGACAACCUUGGGUUUUCCCCCUUGCUCACGAUUGCUGUCCCAUGGAAUUAAGAUGUUGAAAAGAUCAAAGAGGGAUGUGAGGUGGGGAAAAAAAAUCAAGUCACUGCUCUAUCUGCCUUGGGCAUGUUCUGCCUCCACUGCUGCCAGUGGAGUUGGUGUUCUGUUAAAAGCAAUCUCAAACAUGUUUGUAUGUAUUUCCAUAUAAUAUUCAGGCAGAACUGUGGUAAAAAUGCCAUCAUCAAUAAGAGAGCUCAUCUGUCUGAUCUUCUUGUCUUGACUGACAAGAAGAUCAGACAGAUGAGCCAAUAAGUCACUCCUGUAUUGAAUAGAUGUAAUUUCAUUAUCCUUCUGUAUGUGACCUGCAUUUCUUACUGCUUCUUAUUAUUUGCAUCCUGUAACUACCGCUGCAGCCAUCUCUUUCACCUCUUCAGAAGAGAGGGAUAAUGCGUCAGCCAGUUCUUCUCCAGUGGUAAGAGUGAGAUUUUUACCAGAGGGAUUAAUGGUUAGUUGAAGAGAGCUGUUCCCAACAGGGCCAAACAAAAAGCAAUAUGUAUGAGAUGAAGUGGAAGACAAGGAAACAAAUCUAUAGAUUUAAAGCUCUUAAAUUAUUUUCCCCUUAGCUUCUCUCAUUCACGCUGUGAGACAACCAGACAUGCAGAGCUGGAUGUAUAUUGACAGUGACCAGUGUACGCAGGACUGAGAGCUUCUUGCACUGUGCAAACAAAUCUGAAGUCAGUUAGCUACCAAAACCAGAUCAGUAUGUACCAGCUAUUCUAGCCCUUGUAGAUGAGGGACAUUGGGAGGAAAAUCAGUCCUCCUGUCUCUCCUGUGACCUUAUGAUGUACCCCAGCACUAGAACCUUUGGCCUCUUAACGCUGUUACCUUUUGUGACAAGGCUCCAGCACUGGCCCGUGGAUAGGCUGCCUCUCUAGCACUCUUUCCUGCAGAGGAUCUGGACUCAGUGCAAAUGCUGUGCACAGUGCUCAUUUCAUUCCCUGCUGAAAGGCAGCCAGGCCUGAGGUGGAACAUGGCAAGCAUUUCGCCGCACCUGGCAACUCCACACAGCUGCUGAAAACAAGCGAGGAAGAAAGCAGUGUACAAAUGCAGGGGAAUUUUCACAUAGGCAGGAUGUAAUUAGCAGAACUGGAACUUGGCCAGGACACUGGGGUUAAAACACUGGCUUGCAGGUAACACACUGGGAUCUUUCAUAAUUCAAAUGCUCAGGAUCUCCCAUUUCCAUUUUACCUGGAAGAUGUCAGAGGACUGUUCCCUAUUUAAUGGUCAUGGGCAGCUCUUGAACAUCUGACACAAAGGAAGAAGUGUCUAAAGGGUGCUGCACCUGCAGAGCUUCUCUGCCAGCAGCUGCCCACCAUGAACAACAGCUGAAAAGAUCACAUCCUGAUAGGACCAUGGCUGCACCACUGUAAAACACACCUCCAUGCCUUGGGGUUCACUUCACCCUAACUCUCAUUAUUCAGUUUCAGAUCAAAUUCCUUCCAAACAGAAAGAAAAAAUUAUAAAAUUAGGGCAGCACCUUACACACAAAACAUAAGAAAGAGAUUAUUACCAUUAGAUGCUGCUUCAACCUUAUUCUCUGCCAUUUGAAAUAAUACCAGAUAGCUAUUGGACAGCAGAGAAUUUAGAUGAAGCACUUCUCCCCAGUGUCGAUGAGCGAGCUUUUCCAGCUGGCCUUGCUGGUAAUACACAGAGCAUAAAAAGCUUUUGCCACCUUCUUCCUUCCAGCAGGGAAAUCGUGUUCAAAGCAGCAAAACAUUUUUUUCCACUUCAUGAUCUCACUUUUGGUAAAAGCAAUUUUUCUGUUUACUACAAGGAUGUUGAAUGUCCUCAAAAGAUCAGGAAGGUCACUCAUGAACCUCACAUGUGUAAAGUCUGCAUGAUGUUUCUAGCAUGAUGUGGCCAACAGUCUGAAAUAUAAAUAAUUGCAAAUCUCUAGCCCCUUGUCAGUCAGGCCUGCAGACGUGUCCAGUCAAAGAGCUUACUUCCCCUGUGUGGUGCACUGUGUGCAAGCAAAACAAGAAGUGUCCCUGCCAUCUGAAAAAGCAUAAUCUCUGCAUCAGUAAGUCAUAAAAAAGGGACCCCUCCUCUGCCUCUGGUUUAUUUGGGGGAGGGGGUGAUGGUUUGUAUGCCCAGGCUGCCAUGGAAGCCCCCUCUUUUUCAAGUGUUGUUUAAUACAACCACCAACCAAACUUGAUGAGAGUACCUCAGUCAGUGGGACAACAAACCUACAGACAGCCUCUCGUGGCAAAAUGCACUGGGGAGAGUAAAGAACGGGCAGCUGCAGGCAACAGGAAAUCCAGCACUAAUAAAUAAAACGUCUUAUAGCCAGAAAGAGGAAAUAAACAGCAGCAGCACAAACUGAGAGGACAGAAGAGAGCAUAACUGUGGCAUGGGAAUUACUGAGUUACAGUGAGCUUAUUUUUACAGAACCUUGUCCCAGUUUGUUAUGUGUUCAGACUGCAAAAAGAGUGGGGGAGUGGGGGGACUACUCAAAGAGAGGGUCUCUAUCAGAAGUUGUCAACAACCACUGUAAUUAAGGAAGCAGCCAGAGCACACACAACCAGAGCUGCUGCCAAAGUGAAAUGAAAGCAAUUUUUGUUUUCAGCUGUAGCCCCAAAGGAUAAUAAAAGAUGGUUCUACUAUGCCAAGUGAGGAGCUGCAGGGACACCAUUUCUAGAUGGCCCUCCUCCCAUCUUUCCAAAAUUAUACACUGUGGGGAAGCAGCAAGUUACUGUUCCUGUGUGCUUUCAAAGCCCAUGCCUGCACACCCCAUCUGGCUGCAGCCACCUGGGAAGGCCAGCCACAAGACAGGUGGGCCCCCAGCCACCAUGGUGGCAAUGGAGGUGGCACCAGCUGAGCUCUGCCCCAGCCAAUGAGCUGUUCUGGCACUGCCUGCUUCAGACUGCUGAAGCAGCAACAUUGAAUUUUUCUCCCCUUGCCCUCAGCUCUGGGUUUCACCACAGCCCCACAGCUUUGCCACCACCAGUGGGAGCUGCCACAUUCAGAAGAGCCCCACCCCGCUUUCCUCCCGAGGGCAGCUGCAUUUGGGGGGCUCACUGGUGUCUUGGCAAGGGCCCUCGUUCCUGGCACACCAACACCGUGCCCUUCGUGCCGCCGACAGCACGGGUGGCCUGUGCCCAUGCCGCUGCAGGCGCCGGGGAGCAGCGUGUGGGCUGGCAGAGCCGAGGGCUUGGCACGGAUCUUCUCAGCCAUGGGACAUGAGGCUUUCCCUGGUGGCUGCAGAAACUGGUGUGCAGGUUCAGCAAAGGGAAAGAAGUCAUUCAGAAAUUGCAUGCAUAUUUCUGAAUUCAUUCAUUGCGUGGCGUUUGCCUUUCAUCCUCCCCCCGGGCUUUGUGUGCAUUGCUGGCAUUCUCUCCCAAUCCUAUAUAAUAAUUCCCAGCUCUCCACAAGCCACUGCCUGCCAGUGGAGCCCACAGUCCCUGGCCUGCCAGCCCGGUCACAUGAAAAGUUACACGCAAAGGUUUAAUGCUUUCUCCUGACCCCAACCCCUGUUCCUGUGAAUCUCCUGCAGUGUUUUCUUACCCAGGUGCUAGGGAAGCUUUGCACUGAGCAGGGUGCUAAGAAGGUGGCUAUUUAGCUGCAGAAUUUCCACACUCUUUGAGCUCUCUCUCGAGCUGUAAGUACAAGCAGUGGAACCAGGUGAGUGUCUGACAAGGCUGCCAUUUAGCCCUGAAGCUGCUCACCCACUGAAGGCACAUUGUGGUUGCCUCAUUUGCUCUAUCCCAACUGCUGCACUAAUGGUUAAUUGCUUCAGCGGGUAUGGAAAUCACUUCUCAAAGCCUGCAUACAAGGUACACAGUAUGGUCCAGUAGAAUUUUAGCCUUGGCUGGACAUUGACAAUAUGUCUGUUACUAGGGAGUCAAAACGAAAAUAGAGCCCUUCCAUCACUGAAUUCUAGAUGGUGCAGGUAUUAGUUCAUCUCACAGCUUGUGAAAGUGAUAACAUACUUACCUUUGUGUCAUCCUUAUAUAUGACAUAUCAGAAAAAACACAUACUUUUGGAGAAUCUCAAAUGGAAGUGAUCUUUUAAUAAAUCUGGAUGACAGACAGAAAUAUUCAAGGGCUGUUUCUGAUGUAUCAGCUGCUACAGUACUUUCCUGCUGUCAGGGUUACUUGAGGGAGGGCAGCUAUCUCCUGCAGGAAGAGUUCUCGUGCUCCACCUGAUGUUUUCAUGAUCAGCUUUUGGAAGCAUGGGAGCUGUGUCUAGCAGUCAGGGCCUAAUGUCCCUCUGGGUCUCAUUCAGAAAGACAAGCCAGUUGCACCUUUGUGCCAACAGCUGGAUAAUCAAACUAAGCAUUUGAUUUCAGUUUUGGUUCUUUCUUUUUCGAAGGGGAAGGGUCCAGCUUGUUAUGAACUCCAGCCUGUACUUACAUUUUUGUGGAUUUAAAUAAAAAGACCAGGUAAAGUUUUAAGUUGCAGUGUGUUCAUAUUGUUCUGAUUUAAGUUCUAUCAUUAUCAACAUAACUUAAAAACAAACAAAAAAAAAGCACCCAAAUUGACAGUGUUUUUCAAAUUCUCUGCUUUUCUCAUAAUUUUCAAAAGUGUCAUGUAUUCAAAAGUGUAAGCCUGUCCUGUGUGGCUGACUGGCUGUUUGAUUAUUUCUCUAUGUUAUAUUACAC